AUGUCGAAUCGUGGAACCAGAGGUCCUCGCUUAGCACAUAGACAUCAGGUAGCCAUGAAUUAUAUGAUUAGAAACCCUCCAUUUGAUCGGUAUAACGUAGGGGAUAAGUUUGAACGGAUAAAUGCCUAUGACGAGGCUCCAUUGACUCAAAGUGUCCUCAACAGAUCACAACACCUAUUACCUACACCCAAAUCAAGAGAAGCCGUUACUACGUUACUCACCCGCGUGCGGCAAAUUUUGGAGGAAAUUGCCAAAGAUUCGACCAAAAACGAAGAAUUUAAAGUGGAAGACGUCAAAGAAGUUGGUUCUUGGAGAAAAGACAUAGCCAUAUCUGAUAAUCUUACGGGAGAUAUAGCCAUCAUCUUAGGCAUUCUACCGACUACUGAUGCCGCGUACAAGCUGGGCAGUGCAGUUGUAGAUGAGUUGCAAGCAUUGAACGAGGUUGCUACGUUCGCAACCAAAGAUUAUGGGAUUCAUGUCGCUGGAGAGUUUGCGGAAGUAAAGGUGCUCAUCACUACAAUUCCAGCAAAUGUGGCGUCUCUUCAACCGGAUAUUCAUCUAUCGGAAAGAGCGAUGAUGUAUAAUUAUCAUUCAAUUCGUCACGUGGCAUGGUUUGACUCGGUUGCUGACUCUUGUCCACUUAGAGUUUUGGUGAGAGUCAUCAAGUAUGUUCGAAGCAUCUUCUCGGGAUUACAGCCUUUGUCAGUGUGGUCGGUUGAAUUUCUUUGUUAUUUUUGUUUGAUGAAUACACCCAACAGAUCUCCUUUACCAAUUGGUCCAGCUUUUCGAAGAUUUUUUGAAACUUUGGCUUCUGGCUUGUUUUUACCAGGAAGUCCUGGAUUGGUUGACCCUACGGAACCUGCGUUCCGCAUAGCGUCGGAUAUGACGUUGGAGGAUAUGGAUAAUGUUGCAGCUACUGCUCAGAGCAUAAUAAGAAUAAUAAAUUUUGACGGCUCCGACAUAGUUUUGGGACUGAAGUUUGUGACUGGCCUUCACGAUGUUGCCAAAAAUGGAUGUGAUGUAAACGGAACGAGGAUAAAAGCUUUAGAGAACGCUUACUCCGAAGGAUGUUUCAAACCUUACUUCUGUGAUGAAGACGAAAGUCAAUAA